GCCGACGUGGGAAGGAAGUAGAGACGUCCCUGCAGAUGGAUGAGUCACUGAUUAGUGAGGCACAACCCCGGCAAAGCCUGAUGGUGACACAGGGGAGGGAUGAGAGGAUCCCUAGGAGGUAGGCAAGACCGGUGCGGGAGAACCAACUAUUGUCGAUGAGUGAUGAUAUUCCGCCAAUGGCUGACCCUGUCCAUCCCCAAGCAAUGACUCGUCGGCGCCGUAUGAUCCUCGAAGAUGAGUCUGAGGAUGAUCUCCCCAUCCUACGACAGUCCAUGCAGCCCAUGCAGACGACGGUUCAAGGGGAGGGUGACCAACCCAAGGAGAAUCCCCAGCUUAUCGGUGCUGGGAAGUUGGUGGGGAAGGCGUCAUCUCGAAAGGCAUCUCCCAAGCAUACACCACGUAAGCUACGUAAGGCGAAGCUUCCGGAAGCUAAGACUGCGCUGGGAAAGAAAUCCCAGACUUCCAAAGCCACAACGUCCGCCAUGGGGAGCCCCAUGCGCAAGGACCCCGUGAUACCAGGAACGUCCCAGUGAUGGCCUACGUUCCACCUAAGAAGGGCAAUCGCUCCCCUUUGAAUACAUUGGGAAAUGGCCAUAAGCUGAAGAAGACUGCCUCCGAGGUGUCUUCUCCUGAUGAAGAACCUCAUAUUUUUUAAGUUAGGCGGCGUUCCCGGGGCAAGAAGCAAACUGCAGAGUGAAUCAAUGCUCAAGGCCACG